AUGAAUGGUGAAUAUAGUCCUUGUAAGCAGCAUAUGUUAAAUGAUGGGAAUAGUAUACCUGUCGUAGCACUAGGAACUUCGAGAAUCCUACUAAGUGAAACUGUUGAUGUGAUUACUACUGCUGCUGAUAUCGGUUAUCGCCAUUUUGAUACUGCGGAGUUCUACAGUAAUAUUACCCAAACAGGCGAAGGAAUACGAAAGGUUUUACUUUCAGGGAAAGUAAAAAGGAAAGAUCUUUUUAUAACAGCGAAGGUAAACAUAUUACCAGAAAUGGAAGGUGCAGUUAAAAUUGGUCUGACACGAUCUAUAGGGUUGUCUAACUUUAAUCAACAACAAGUAGAGAGCAUAAUACAAAAAUGUACAAUACCUCCUGCUGUUCUACAGACAGAAUGUCAUGCACAUUUACAAAUAACAGAUCUUGUACAAUUUUGCCAGGAUAAGGAAAUAUUUGUUAUAGCCUUCGCACCACUGGGAUCUCCGGGUCUUUCUACGCUCAAAUCUAAAUUUGGAUCGAACUUCAAGCAUUUGACAAAUGUAGAAAACAGUAACCAGCCGUGUGAUAUAUACCAUGAAAGUAUUGUGCGUGAUUUAGCAAAACAGCACGAGAGAACACCUGCGCAGAUUCUAUUACGGCAUCACAUCCAGCGUGGUCUUGGAGUUCUCCCAAAAAGCUCUAAUCCUGAAAGAUUAAAGGAAAAUAUAAAUAUCUUCGAUUUUAAUCUAACAAAAUGUGAUAUGGAGUCAAUGGAGAUGUUGGAAAAAGGUCGACGCAUAUUUUCCUUUGGUUUGUGA